GGCGCCUACUGCUCCCCCGCGGUUGCCAGUCGGGAAGGCGGCGAGCGACCGACGGGCGGACGGGGCGCUUGCUUGCCGGUCUCGGCGGGUGCUGCGGCUCUUCGAGGGAAUGCUGGAACCGAGUUGACUCCUCUGGGGCAGAGGGGAACAGGGCUUCGUUUCUCAGAGAUGGAAGAGAGAUAAAGAGGCCACCGCUGCAUUCUGCCUGCCGCCUGUCUCGCCUUCUGGGGACUUCUCAAUUGGCCAGAACAGCUGCAACCUGGAGAAAAGCGAUGAAACUUCGGGAAUGCAGAUGAUGGCCUCAGACGGACUGACCAUAGUCAACCAGUGCAGGAGAGCUGCAUUUCCUUCAUUCCUCAGGCAGGCUUAGAAGAUGCCAAUGUCACCUUUGACUGUUGCUGAAGCAGCACGGAACGCUGAACCCAGGUCUCCAAAGGCUUAAGUGAUAUCUGUUCAGCAGCUCACUAGACGCAAACAUGAAUAACUCAACAAAUAUAAGCUCUUUGGAGGACAUGAUGGCUCUUGGAAGUCCUUAUAAAACUGUUGAGGUAGUCUUCAUUGUCAUAGUGGCUGGAUCCCUCAGCUUAGUGACCAUCAUUGGGAACAUCCUCGUUAUGGUAUCUAUUAAAGUCAACCGGCACCUGCAGACAGUCAACAAUUAUUUUCUUUUCAGUUUGGCAUGCGCUGACUUGAUCAUUGGCGUUUUUUCCAUGAAUCUGUACACUCUUUACACUGUGAUUGGCUAUUGGCCUUUGGGACCUGUAGUUUGUGACUUGUGGCUGGCUCUCGACUAUGUAGUCAGCAAUGCCUCUGUCAUGAACCUUCUCAUUAUCAGUUUUGACAGAUAUUUUUGUGUCACCAAACCUCUGUCAUACCCUGUCAAGCGGACCACUAAGAUGGCAGGAAUGAUGAUUGCAGUGGCAUGGGUGCUCUCGUUUAUCUUGUGGGCACCUGCAAUUCUCUUUUGGCAGUUCAUUGUAGGGGAAAGGACUGUUCCUGAUGGGGAAUGCUACAUCCAGUUUCUGUCCAAUGCAGCCGUAACCUUCGGCACAGCCAUUGCAGCAUUCUAUCUACCGGUUAUCAUUAUGACUGUUCUCUACUGGCAAAUAUCUCGGGCCAGUAAAAGCAGGAUUAAAAAAGACAAAAAGGAUGGUGGACAAAACCAGGAACCAGUUUCUCCAAGUCUGGUCCAAGGUAAAAUAGUGAAACCAAACAAUAACAACAUCCCACCCACUGAAGAUGGGAUAGAACAUAGCAAAAUUCAGAAUGGUAAAGCCACAGGGGAAUCAGUUGUGGAAAAUUGUGUUACUGCAGAGGAGAAGGAGAGCUCAAAUGACUCCACCUCUGUCAGUGCUGUAGCUUCCAACGUGAAAGAGGAUGAAGCCAUCAAAGAUGACACCAGGGCUUCCGUCUCCCAAGUCAAUGCCAAAGUGGAGAACUCCAAACUGACUUGCAUCAGAAUACUCACAAAGUCCCCCAAAGGUGACUGUGAUAGCUCUGCUAACACCACCGUAGAACUUGUAGGUAGUGAUGGUCAGAAUGGAGAUGAGAAGCAGAACAUUGUUGCCCGGAAGAUUGUCAAGAUGACUAAGCAGCCAGCCAAAAAGAAAACACCUCCUUCUAGAGAGAAAAAAGUGACCAGGACUAUCUUGGCUAUUCUCCUGGCCUUCAUCAUUACCUGGACACCAUAUAAUGUUAUGGUUCUUAUCAACAGCUUCUGUUCAUCAUGUAUCCCCAACACAGUAUGGACGAUUGGUUACUGGCUGUGCUAUAUCAACAGCACCAUCAAUCCUGCCUGCUAUGCGCUCUGCAAUGCUACCUUCAAGAAAACCUUUAAGCACCUCCUUAUGUGUCAUUACAAGAACAUAGGAGCCACAAGGUAAAAAAAAAAAACAUAAUAAGGGGGAAGGAGGUUCCAAGUAUGAUAAAACAAUGCCAUAGCACUUUAUGCUCUAGUAUGACAUCAAGAAGCGUAAAGGAGAUGCUGAUUGAGAGUAUGCACUCCAUCUCCAACACCUGCACUUAAAAGUUCACAAGUCAUCUGGAGGCUAGAAAGAGUUGAUGACAGGCCGCCUGAAGAUAGGACCUUGAGGCAACACUGCCUGCUCUCCAAAUAGAAUCAUGCAGAAGGGCUUUUGACUCCAUUCUAAUUAGGGCACAAUCCCUGAGAAGUUCUCUUGUGUAAGCAGGGAAUGGGAGCAGCACAAGAUCAUUGAUCAAUGAGGCUAGCACAGGAGAACUCUGUGGGUACUGUGGCCUUUGUCACUUUUUUUAAAAUAAUUGUGGCCAGUUUGUCUGUGUGUAUAUGUUCAUUUGAAUAACCUAUGUGGAAAGUGUAAAUGAUAGGAGAAGAAAGACAUGGAGCUAGCCAAUUGAGUCGAUUGUUUCCAUAAUCUGAUGCUGAAGAUCCUACUGUUUAUCUUUACCUUGCUCAUGUCUGUCCGAUCUGCAUUAAAAAGUAGUACUGUACCUAUCAAUGGGCUGAACCAGCCAAACUUUUAGGCAGUCUUUUUGGCAAGGUGUAUACUCUCUCCCUUUGAAAUCAUUGGGGCUUUAAUGCACCAGAAUUUAACUGGAUUGCCCCCAUUCAUAAGCAGUGAUCAUUUGAGUGAUUCCCUGUGGUCAUCUGUUCUUCCUUUUUGUUGAAGUCAAGCUUUGCAUAGCACUUAUGACCAGCUCGGUAAAAUAAAGGUAUUACACCA